AUGAUCCCUGUCCUGUACAAACUCGCGGGCGAGCUGCACCCCUGCGUGCUCCACAUCGCCGCGCGCGCCGUGGCGGGUCAGGCCCUGGCCAUCUUCGGGGACCACUCGGACGUCAUGGCGGUGCGCCAGACCGGCAUGGCCCUGCUCUCCGCGCACAGCGUGCAGGAGACCCUGGACAUGGCGCUCGUGGCUCACAUCGCCACUCUGCUGUGCUCCGUGCCAUUCAUCCACUUCUUCGACGGCAUGCGCACCUCGCAUGAGAUCCAGAAGUGCGAGGCGAUGACCGAGGACCACAUCAAGGUCGUGGUGGAUCAGCUGAAGGAUCAGAUCGACGCGUUCCGUGCUAAGGCGCUGAAUCCCAAUCAUCCCACCUUGCGCGGCACCGCGCAGUGCGGAGACAUCUUCUUCCAGAACGUGGAGAGCGCCAACAAGUACCACGACGCCGUGCCCGAGGCGGUCCGCACGGCCAUGGUGUGGGUGAAGGAGCUGACAGGCCGCUCUUACGACAUCUUCGAGUACGUCGGCCACCCGCACGCCACCGACGUGGUGGUCAUCAUGGGCUGCGGUGCGCAGGUCAUGGAGGAGUUCUUGGACUACUCCGGCCCUGGCAGGAAGAUCGGCAUCGUGAAGGUGCACCUCUACCGCCCCUGGAGUGCGCAGCACUUCCUCGCCGCGGUGCCGAAGACGACGCGGCGCGUGGCCGUGCUGGACCGCUGCAAGGAGACCGGCCUCGGGGAGCCGCUCUACACCGACGUGUGCGCGACCUUCUUCGGCCUGCCGGCGGCCAAGCACAUCAAGGUGAUCGGUGGCCGCUACGGCCUGGCGAGCAAGGACUUCACCACGGGCAUGUGCCACUCCAUCUUCGAGAACCUGGCGCAGUCGAAGCCGCAGCACCCAUUCACGAUCGGCUUCGAGGACGACGUCACUUUCCUGAGCCUGAAGUACACUGCGAUGAACACGGUGCCCGAGGGCACCGCCCAGAGCGUGCUGUACGGGUUCGGCUCCGACGGGACCGUGGGCGCGAACAAGAAUGCCAUCAAACUCAUUGCCAAGGAGACGGACCUGUACGCGCAGGGCUACUUCGCCUACGACGCGCUCAAGGCCGGCGGCAUCACCUGUUCCUUCCUGCGCUUUGGGCCCAAGCCCAUCAAGAGCUGCUACGAGAUCACCGCGGGGGCGAAGUACGUUGGGAUCCACAAGAAGGAGUACGUGAGGUCGCUCUCCGCCGAGUCCAUGCUGAGCUGCCUCGAGCCUGGAGGCAUCCUGGUCCUCAACUCACCUUGGACGACUGCUGAGCUCCUGAAGCAGAACCUGCCCCUCUCGUUCCGCCAGUACAUCGUAGCCAAAGGAUUCGUCCUGUACAACAUCGAUGCGACGGGUGUGGCACGCAAGGCUGGGAUGGGGCGCAUGAUCAACAACAUCAUGCAGACUGUUUUCUUCCACUUGGCCCAGGUGAUGGACGCGGAUCUGGCGAUCUCGAUGUUCAAGAAGGCUGUCGACAAGACUUACAAGAGCAAGGGCCCCGAGGUG